AUGUCAACAUCACCCACUCUAUCUUCCUCUCUACCAUCUCUCCCUCCUCUUUGCCAUGAUCUUGUCUCCAUUCCAUUCUUCGUCCUCGUCCUCGUCCUCGUCCUAUUGGUGUUUCUUGGAUGUGCUGUUAAUCGUAGUAGUGGUGAAUCUUUCUUGUUCUGUAUAUACCUGCCAUGGCUCAUCUGGGAAGGAGUUGGAUGUGAUGAGAGUGAUAGGGUGAACAGUCUAUUGCUACCGUCGAAAGGGCUAGUUGGAACCAUAUCUCCUUUUAUUGUAAACCUCACCAGUCUCUCUACACUCAAUCUCUCGCAAAAUUGGUUAUCAGGUCCUAUCCCGGAUGGAUUUUUUAUGGCCUUGAACCGCCUGGUAAUCAUUGAUAUAAGCCAUAAUCGUCUCACCGGACAGUUAUCAGAUUCUGAUAAGUUGAUGAGUACUGUCACAAUAGUGGAUUUAUCCAGCAACCACUUCUAUGGGAGAAUCCAAUCUUCAUUUCUCCAGCCAGCAUUGAAUUUGCAAAGAUUUGAUGUCAGCAAUAACAGCUUCUCCGGUUCAAUCCCUUCAUCUGUCUGCAGAUUUUCGCAUUCAAUUGUGCAUCUUGAUUUCUCCAAUAAUGACUUUGUAGGCCCAAUUUUGCAAGGGUUUGGCCAGUGUCCUAAUCUAUUGAGACUACGAGCAGGUUUCAAUAACCUUUCGGGUGCCAUUCCCAAUGAUAUUUACACGGUUUCAGCACUGCAAGAACUGUACUUGCCUGCCAAUAAACUCUCUGGAGUGAUAGAUGGAAGCAUUGUUAACCUCAUUAACCUUAGAAACCUCUCUCUCUAUGGUAAUGAAUUGAGUACUUGCCUGCCAAUAAACUCUCUGGAGUGA